UCCUCUCAGACUCUGAAGCUCUCGGUGUUUGUCCAGCUUGAACACACACAUACACACACACACGCACACACACGCCUUCCCUCUGAGCAGGAAGCGAAACCGAUCCUCGGUCUGAACAGCGGCAGUGUUCUGUGUAUGGAGCAGCAGACCCGGUGCUGUGGAGGCCUAAUGGCAGGUCUGAGGAGACGAGCCGGAGCGACGGGACGCCGGCAGACCGGACCCCCCGCUGCCCUCACGCUCCUCACGCUGCUGUCGGCGCUGCUCACCUGCUGCGUCAGGUGUGCGGAAGGCGCCAAACCCAGCAAUAUUGUACUCAUCCUCGCGGACGACCAGGAUGUUCAGCUGGGGGGGAUGACACCAAUGAAGAAAACCAAAGCCUUGAUAGGAGACGCAGGAGCAACUUUCGUGAAUGCUUUUACGGUCACGCCGCUCUGCUGCCCCAGCAGGAGCAGCAUUUUGACGGGUCAGUACCCUCACAACCACGAGGUGAGGAACAACUCUCUGUCCGGAAACUGCUCCAGCCCUCUGUGGCAGAAAGGUCCCGAAGCCCAGGCCUUCCCCGUCUACCUCAGCAAACAGAAAUACCAGACGUUCUUCGGUGGGAAAUAUCUUAACCAGUACGGUAAGAAAGAGGCGGGAGAUGUCGGCCAUGUUCCUCCUGGCUGGGACCAGUGGCAUGCAUUGGUGGGGAACUCGCAGUACUACAACUACACCCUGUCAGUCAACGGCAAAGAAGAAAAGCAUGGAGACAGUUACGAGAAGGACUACCUCACAGACCUCAUCGUGAACCGUUCCCUUCACUUUCUGGAUGACAGGAGCCCUCAGCAUCCCUUCUUCCUGAUGUUGUCUCCUCCAGCUCCUCACUCCCCCUGGACGGCAGCACCUCAGUACCAGAAAGAGUUCAGUAAUGUCAAAGCUCCUCGAGACGGGAGCUUUGACAAACCAGGGAAGGACAAACACUGGCUGCUGCGUCAGCCCAUCAACCCCAUGCCGAAUAGCUCCAUCAACUUCCUGGAUAAUGCAUACAGGAAAAGGUGGCAGACCCUGUUAUCUGUGGACGACAUGGUAGAGAUGCUGGUCAAGAAACUUGAUAGUAUAAAGGAACUGGACAACACCUACAUCUUCUACACCUCUGACAACGGCUACCACACAGGUCAGUUCUCUCUGCCCAUUGAUAAGAGGCAGCUGUAUGAAUUUGACAUCAGGGUCCCGCUCAUGGUCCGUGGUCCUGGCAUCAAACCAAACCAGACACUGAAGGCUCCAGUAUUGAAUAUUGACCUUGCUCCGACCAUCCUGGAUAUAUCUGGUCUCAACCUGUCUUCAGUGAACGUGGACGGGCAGUCUUUCCUCGGUCAGAUGGCUCCCUCACUGCGUAAUGGCAGUGCACGGCCCUGUUUCCUUGUUGAAUACAACGGAGAGGGACACCCAACAACAGAUCCUGCUUGUCCCAAAUUAGGACCUGGACUGUCGCAAUGUUUCCCAGACUGUGUGUGUGAAGACGCCUACAACAACACCUACGCCUGCGUCAGGACCCUCGACAGUGGACAAAACCUACAGUACUGCGAGUUUGCAGACAGCGAGUCGUUUGUGGAGGUGUACAACCUGACGUCAGACCCCAGCCAGCUGGAGAACAUUGUGAAGAAGGUGGAUCCAGCCAUCCUGCAGGCUAUGAACCAGCGGCUCAUCAAGCUGCAGUCCUGUGUGGGUGACAGCUGCCGUGACAUCAAGUAAAGAAGAGGCAGUAAACCACAGCACUGCAGCACUCUGUCAGAGGAAGGUGGGACUGGUUUAUCUGGUCAGUGACACCUUUUACCACAAGUAUGAUAGCUGCACAGGCUGUUUUCUCAGAACUCAUUUUGACAUGUCUCAGGAGCAAAAGCACAGGUGUAAACGAUAAAUUGAAUAAUGGCUGGACUCCAUUUAGCUGCAUCAGUUUCAGGGUCUUGGUGUUGUGGUGCUGGCUCACUGUCACACUGUCAUGGCUGACUGAAACACUUAGACACAACAGGGCCACUGUUAAAGGAAAAGUUUGUUGUUGUCCUUUUUUAAACGGGUAAUACAAUUAUUUUCUUUCUUGCUGAGACUUGAUACCACUUUCACUCUCAUGUCUGAGCUGGUUAGCUUAGCUUAGCUUAGCUUAGCCUAGCAUGAAAAACAGUUAGCCUGGCUCAGUCGAAGGCAACAGAUAUCCACCUACCAGCACGUUUGAGGCUCAGUAACUAACGUGUGACAUCCUGUUUGUUAAAUCUGUACAAAAGCUAAACCACAAAAAUUACACUCUGCAGUUUUAUGACAGUUUAUUUGCCGGACUGUUUCUUUGUCGGGACAUAAACAGCAAAUAUCCACCGUAAAACUCAGGUUUGACAUUUGACAGAAAGCUAAUUAUUGUCCCUUAAUGUUUUGAGUAUCACCUGUGCUUUUCCUUCUAGGACAAGUUGUAAUGUCUGCAGUGAAAACGGCCUGUUUUCCUGAGCUGUGCUCGUAUAUUCUACAACACACUUUCAUGAGCUGGUGUAUUUUGUUUUAAGACAGAGGAAACUCCUCGCCCCAUUCACUCUGUGCAGAUUGGACUCACUCUGCCGUUGUCAGUCAGUCCAUGUUAGUUAGUGUGUUUUUGUGUGUCUGUAAACUCUCUGUUCUUUACAGUGUUUGGGGUUCAUAGUGCCAGUGUCUGUCAGAUGUGCAGAUUUAAACGUAGCUGCCUGUAAUCCAAUCAUCUCUUUAAAGGAACAGUCCAACAUUUUAGGAAACAUGCUUAUUUCUUUUCUUAGAAAAUUAGUACAACUCUCACAUCUCUCUGCUUCAUACAAAGCUUCCUCCAACAACCGGUUAGUUUAGCUUAGCUAAGGUAGUCUGUCCAAAGUUAACAAAGUCUACCUACCAGCAGCUCUAAAGCUCACUAAUUUACACGUUUCACGUUACACGUUUAUUUAAUUCAUUCAAAACCUGAAGUGUGAAAGUGACGACGUGCAGUUUUACAGAGGAUCACACUACGUUCGGGACUGUUUCGUGGUGCAGGAGUCUCCACUGGUUACCUGGCAUGAAAUAACCUGGCUCAAAACCACUUAAACAAAAAGUUAUAAUGAAUUAAUCAGUGAGCUUUGGAGCUGCUGUUUUCAUCUGUUCCCAGUCCUUAUGCUGAGCUAAGAAAACUGGCUUCUGGGUCUAGCUACAUAACUACUGCACCGAUGUGAGAGUUGUGUCAGUCUUCUUAUCUAACUGUGAGAAAGAUUUCCCAAACUGUCAAACCAUCUCAUGAAGGUAAAUCUUGAGCUGUUUGUUUUUACAUUUCUUUGAAUUAAUGCUCCUAAUUUUAUCUCUGCAGCACUUUGAAUGAAAGAAGCCAAAAAGUCUUUCAUGAAUGGACACCUCUUCAUGUGUCCAGUUACUUCUCCAAAUUCGUGCCUCGGAUUUUAAAAAAAUCUGUUUUAAAAUUUUUAUCCUGAUGUUUGGCUGUGACAAUAUUUUACUCUGAGUAUUAGUGAUAAGUUUGUAAAGAGCCUUAUGGAGGAUGAAGGGCUGGAUGUGUUUUUGUGAGGAAUUCGUCAAGGGAAAUUUUGCAUGGUAACAUUUGAAAUGAACGCUUUAAUCCUUUGUGCCUUGUUAUUUGCACUGACAAGGUGCAUCUGCCUUAAAUGUGAACAUAUUUGCACUGUGAUGAAACUGAUUAAAAAUAAAAUCAGAGAAGCAAAUGCA